GAUGAGAGAUUUCUAACGGCAAGGUCAGUUCUGUGGCGGUUGCUCUGGAAGACAUAUCCUCCUGCCGCUUGUUGAUUGGUGCUAAUCUGUGCUUUUUUUUGCCAACAAGUAAUAGUGCUCCCGGGAUGACGUACAAUCUGGACGAGCUUGAGGCUCCGGCCUGGUUGAACGAUGAGUUCUUCUGCAAUGUGAUGCGUGAAUCGAAUAAUGAUCCAACGAUCGAACUUACGGGCGCGUGUGUUUUGCGACCAGGUACGAACAAAGGUGACCAUUACGCAAGUGUCAUGUUCCGUACCACGGUGAAGUAUCGAUCGAAGCGCAACAAUGAGGAACAAUCGUUGAACAUCAUCAUGAAAACGAAACCGGAAGCGGACGGCAUGAAGAAGGAUCUGCUGGACGAUGAUGGAAUGUUUGCGAUCGAAAUUGACAUGUACAGCCGGACGCUACCGGAGAUGGCACGAAUGUUGAAGGAAAUUGGAGAGGAGUACAAAUAUCCGCGAUACAUCUACGGUACGCUGAAACCACGGACCAUCCUGAUACUGGAGGACAUCAGUGAUCAGGGAUGGGUGAUGGGCGAUUUUAUUAGCACUUUCGAUGACAUGAAGCCGAUAGUGAAGGACAUAGCCAUGUUCCAUGCCGCAUCGAUCAUGAUAGAGGGCACAGAUCCAACAUUCGCCGGAAGGCACGGUUACUCCAUGGGUGAAAAGUUUAUGGCGUUCGAAGGAAUGAUCAACAAGGGGUUCGGUGACUUGAUGCAGCUAACAGCCUCCUACCCCGAGUUUGCUCAAUUUGCCCAACCUUUGGAGAAGUUUAAGGCGAAUCUGCGCGACUUUUACGUGUCACUGUACAACCCAACCAAAACGUACCAGAAUGUGCUAAUACACGGUGACUUCCAUAGUAAAAAUAUGCUGCACAAGGUCGAUGCGGAAGGACGCCACACGGACACGAUACUGCUCGACUAUCAGAUCUGCUGCUGGACUACACCUGCGAUCGAUCUGUACUAUCUGCUCGAUAUGAUACCGACGCAGGAGAUUAAGGAUAAGCAUCGGUCCGAGUUGAUCUACAUGUACUAUCAGCAGUUUGCCGAUCUGCUGAAGCGGUUGGGUUACCUGGGCAAGAUUCCAACGUUGCUCGAUCUGCAGAUAGAGCUGCUCCGUUUCGCAGGACUCGAAAUGUUCCACUACGCCAUCUUCAGCUCGUUCCGGUACAUGGAUCAAAAUGCGAUCGAUAUCGAGGGAUUGCUGAAGGGUGAAAUCGACAAUCCGGUGCUCAACAAUCCCGAGUUCAAGAAGCUAAUGCAUACCGAGCUAACGCGAUUCCUGCAUCAGGGCACGUUAUCAAGUGGCAUGGUUUUGUUGGUGUGGGUAUGCUUCUGUACGGCCGUCCGUAUAUGUGCGAUGCGUCCACAGUCGCGGUCAGUUGGGAAAUUGAUGCGUUUGUUUGUUGCGGCCAGUUGUGAAAGAGCAUCGCGAUUGAUCGCGUGUGUGCGAUUCGGCCGGAAGAGGUAUAGAGUUACGCUGUUUACCAGGGCAGUUCCAUCCAUCAUGCAAGACCCGCCGACCGAACCGACGUGGAUUAAUCGGGAUUAUUUUACGCGCGUGCUGGAAACCUAUCUGCACGCCGAUGUAACUGUGCAGCGCUACGAGCUGGCUGCCGGAUGUCCCGGUGGGCAGAACUUUAUGAGUGCGAUCGUGCGUGCUACCGUACACUACACGCUGGGUCCGAACGCCGACUUGACCCAGCCGGAGACGGUGUCGUUAAUCGUGAAGACGAAGCUAGCCAAUGCGGAGCUGGCAGAGGAAGCGGAUCAGUUGAAUGUGUUCGGUAUUGAGAAAACGAUUUACGGGCCAGUCAUGAAAGCGGUCCGGGAGCUACUGACCAGCUUCGGUGAUUGUACGCAAUUCGCACCACGGUUUAUCUACGAAGAUGAGCACGCCCUGGUGCUGGAGGAUUUAGCCGUUAAGGGUUAUCGGCAGCCCGAGCGGCGCGAUCGGCUCGAUCAGCCCCACAUGCGAUUGAUUGUGCAGAAGCUGGCGAAAUUCCACGCUGCAACGGCUGUGCUGGGUCGGAAGAAUCGUGACCUAUUCAGCGGACUGGCGAGCACCAAUUUUACCACCGAGGGGAAUCCCAUCCAUCUGUUCUACGCCAACGCUAUACAGCACUGUAUCGACCAAACGGUGCGCGUUCCGGAGCUAUCGCAGUACACCGAAUUUCUUCGCGCCUUCCUCGAGCAAGCGAUCGAACGUGAGGCGAAAAGCUACGAAUGUGAUGAGUCGGGCUUCAACGUGCUCAACCAUGGCGAUAUGUGGCUUAACAAUCUGCUGUGGAAGUACGAAGCGGACGGGACGACAGUUUGUGAUGUGAUUAUGGUGGACUAUCAGGAAAGCUUCUACGGUUCGCCAGCGUUCGACCUAAACCACCUGCUGUACUCAUCGGCCAACAGCGCCAUCCAACGGGCGGGAUUCGACGAUCUCGUGCAGCUGUACACGGACGAGCUGGCGGGUGCAUUGCAGCAAUUUAAAUACGACGGUCCCCUGCCCGAUUUAGCGCGCGUGCGAACGGAAAUGGCAUCCAAGCGCGACCACGCGCUCAUCGUAACGACCUGCAUCGUGCCGCCGCUGAUACUGGAAAAUAGUGAGCUGGCCACACCGGAGAAUAUGCUGGGCGACCACGAGGAAGCGGUGCGUGUGCGCGAAGAGAUAUUUAGCAAUCCAAAGUUUGUAGAAAUCCUGUCCAUUUUGUUACCGCGGUUGACCACGGUGGAUGGUGGGAUCGUGUAGUUGAAGCCUUGUGGUUCCACCUUUCUGAUCCACCAGCUGAUGUGUUCGAAGAUGGGGGGGACGCUUGCAGUGUGCGUUGCAGUAUUUCUUGAUCCAACCAGACAACCGACUAACAAAGGAAUAAAGUAUUAAAGUUAGUAGGUCA